AUGGAAAGCCGAGGAUCUGUAACAGCUCGCGAAAGCUUCCCUAGUGUUUCUUUACAGUAUCAAAAGCUUUUGACAUCGAAUGAGUACUCUGUACGCGUUUGGGACGUAAACGAUCCAUUUGCAUUUCCCUUCAAAAGAUCGAGCCUGUUUCCACCAAGACAUGGCCAGACCUACAAUCCAGGAAUGUGGAAAAGUCAAACUCAGUUUGAUAAAUUUGCCAGGAUGAGUAUGUUCAGCGAAGGUCUAUCACGCCAAUCGCCACUCUUUUCACCAAAACAGCAACGUUGGCAAUCUGUGGAUGUGAAAUACCCAUACUUAACAUCCCUUUAUUCUACAAAUGUAACUGCUCCUGCCUCUAAACUUGAUAAAAAAGAGGAUUCAUCAGGAAGCCCGAGCUCAUCUGCACAAGAACCACCACCUAUUAACAAUGGGACCGCAAACUUUUCAACAGAAAAGAGUGUAUUUUUGAACAAUGGGAUGGAAGAGAAGAAAAUGGAACUAUACACUGGUAAAACUACACGGCAAGACGAAGAAGGGGUACAAUCCGAAGAUAAGUUCAGCUUAGCUAUGAGAGAAGAAGGUUACUGGGAACGGAGAAGGAAAAACAACCUUUCAGCAAAGAGGUCACGUGACGCGCGACGAUUGAGAGAGCAGCAGACGCAGAAAAGGGCGACUUUCUUUGAGGAGGAAAAUCUGCGUAUCCGAGCAAAGAUAAACGCCUUGGAGGAUGAGAAUCAUCGUCUGAGGAGGCUUAUCAGUAACCAAGUGUGA